AACAAUUCUACUCCCAUCAAGGUACACAAUCGACUUGUCGACCAAACUUGCUGCAAGUGUAGUGUGUGUGUAUUGCUUUUGGGAGACGAACUCAUGAACAAGCGAAGGGAGCUUGCUCGCGUUGUGGUCGGUCACUCUACAAAUUGACUUCCGAUCUCACCAUUUCCAUCCAAACACGAUCCAAACAAUAUGACCAGGCUAAAGACUGACUGGAGUUGAAUCAGUAAAAUAAAGCUUUGAACGUUGAUGACUCAAGCUGAAACUGCGCUGUGAUGUGAAGUGCUAAUUAUUGACUUGAGAUUUGAUCGAAAUUACCAUCUGUUUUGUUGUCGGGGCUUGUGUGGUGUUUUGACGCUUUCACUACAUCUACCUCGGUUAUGAUGACCAACUUCCUCAGAAUUUCAGGUUAACCCCCGCUGACUGACACCACUGCUGACAAAUGGAGUGAUGAGAAGCCCUUAUCAAACGAGCUAACGUCCCAAGGAGGGACAUUCCAUGCUUCACAAUGUCUUUCGUCAACUUGAAGAAGAAAACAACAAUCGUCUUACUGUGCCUGAUCUCUUUCACCGUCGGUUGUAUCCUGACGUCGCAGUUUGGCACAACUAACCUACAAACACUGAGAGAAAAUGUUCCCUUAAGACUUCAAGAUUGGAGCCGACUGGGAUUAAAAAGGGAUCAUGCAGAAGAGAUUAGUCAAAAUGAGACUUUGCCUAACCAAGUGGUACAGAGGACGCAUUCUUACGCCAACAAGAGCAUGGAGACGGUGGUCACCAAGAAUGAAGAUGAACUCAUUGACGAGUAUGAAUAUUUUGAUGCCAUGAAAAUGAAGUUGAAGAAAAAGUUGCCCGACGAGUCCCGUCCAACGGAAAAACCUGUCUCAAAAUACCAUUAUUUUGUUGAGGUGCAAGACCCCAGGUCGAGCAUGAUUUUGCGCAAGGUAAUCAGCAAGCUUCCCACAAAUCUUAUGAAAUCAGUUGUAAGUAAUAGCGGGCUUAACAACCCCAACAAGUUUGCCAAUUUAAAGAAUCCGGCCGUUGUAACUCAAAAGAAAUGGGCUUUGCUAAUUGAUGGCAUGCAGAAACUUGGUUAUGAGCAGCGUCUACCGAUUGUCCUUAACAUCGGGGUCAAGAAGAGCGGAACGAACGCCUUUGGAUUCUUCAUCGGUCAUCAUCCUCAGAUUUCUCACUCCAUUGGCAAUGAGGUUCAUUAUUUCGAUUGGAACUACAAUAGAGGAAUUGAGUAUUAUCGCUCAAGAAUGUCCUUCUCCAAAGCAGAAUCUUUCAGCUUUGAGAAAACGCCGAGGUAUUUUAUCACCCACGACACGCCAAAAAAUAUAAAGAAGGAUCUGCCCGGAAAUCUGAAGUUUAUCAUAUGCGUCCGAGACCCCGUGGAGCGAGCAAAGUCGGAGUUCAGACAUGAAGCUGAGCUUAAAAUGCGUCGCGGUAAGAAAUCCAGAACUACCAUUCAGAAGGAGGCAAAGGCCCAGACUUCUGCCUCGCAAGGAAAACUCUUUGAGAAAACAGUACUCGCGAGCGACGGCCACGUUAAUUCUUCCAAUGAAAUCGUAGACACGAGUGUUUAUUCUAGACAUUUCAAGAACUGGCUCGAGUACUUCCCUCGAGAAAGCUUUUAUAUCUUGAGCGAUGAGCGAGUGAACAAGGACAUCUACACCGAGUUGAAAAAUAUUGAGAAAUUUCUUGGUCUUAAGCCGUACUUUGAGAAGAGUAUGUUUUAUUAUGAUCAGACCAGACAUGGUCCGUGUAUGCGCGGAGACGCAAGACCCUGUCCUGCCAAGAGUACACCAGGGUUUCUUCCAAAAGCCGAGCCACAACAAGAGGUCAUUAACAAAUUGAGGGAUUUUUACCGUCCAUAUAAUCAGGAAUUUGAGAAGCUUUCACAGAUGACGUUUUCUUGGACAAAUCUUUAAGGUUAAAAGACCUGGGACAGCAAUGUAGGUAUUCAGAAAGAAAAAUGAUUUUAGCUCUUUUUUUUUUUAAACUGACUCCAAAGUAACUGUUUAUUAUUAUUAACGAUUAUAUUAUCUAAAAAUAAGUCUUGUUUUAGGGGCCCAAUUUCAUAGAGCUGCUUUAAAAGCACUUGAAGAAGCUCAGCAAAAUUAUGCUUGCAGAAUAAGGUUACCAUUGAAAAUACCACUCCACAUGCGCCAAAUAAAUCCUGCUUAUUUUUGCUGAACAGAACAUUGUUUAUUUGCUGAUAAAGCAGCCCAAUUUCAAUUGAGCACAGCAAGAAGUAUUAUAAGCAGAAAAUGGUUUAGCAAUAUUUUCUUCUUUUGAAGCAGCUCUAUUAAAUUUUCCCCUGGUCUUGGUGUCCUUUGAAAAAGUUUUAUUUAGACUUUGAAUUGUUAAUGGAAGUGCCCUUUUCCAAUAAUGAAAAUGAAAAUGGUCUUCUUCAACCAGUUCUGGAAAUUUUGAAUGGCAAGCUUUUAGCUUGACUAUCCUGUUGGCAAAGUCUAAAAAUGAACAAUUUUGUGGCCUUGUUGUUGAAUUUGCUUCAAAUUCAGGCAGCCAAUUUCAAGAUCCAGUCAGCCAAUUUCAAGAUCCAGUCAGGCACACAUACGUCAUCCAGACUGUAUUUUUUACAGAUUGAUUUUUCAAACUACGUCUCAAACAUGUAGUGAGCAAACUGCAAAUAUGCUGAGCUGUCUUGUCAACACCAUCCAAUGCUGUACCUCACAGGGGUUAAUAAAGCGCAAGGAUAUCGGAGUAUACAGUAUUAUGGCAUUGCAAUCUUGAAAGCCAAAAACUGCAUUGCCAGCUAGCUAGCUAGCAGUUAGAUAGAGAUCGCUGAGUGAUACAUGUAUGUCAGCUUUAAGGCAAAGUAUACCUUUAGUUUUUUCGAACGUCAAUUGUCAUAAUGCUAUGAUGAAGAUGUGUACAAUAAAACUAACCUGUGAAAAUAUAGUUUCAGUAGUGGUUGUGUUUCGCCGAAAAUCUGGAGCGAACAUGUCCACGCAUGAAGAUCAGUUCAUGAUAGCAUGAAUAGAAAUAUUCAAUCUGAGAAGCAUUACUGCAGUAACGCUUCUCAAAUUCAAACUUAGGGGCAUAAAAACUGAUAUUAAUUU